AUGCAGCGUCAACUGUGGCUCUUUGCGCCGUCGCGCCGGCCCAGCUCUGACCGCAUUCGGCUCUUGACGUACCCCAUGGCGUUUGCGCAGCCGAACGCCACCGUGCCGCUCCUGCACGCCGCCGCUGGCACAGCAGACGGCGACAGGGGCGCAGCGUCGGCGCCGACGACAAGCCUUCACUUGCGGAUGCGGGAAAAGACGAGGGAGUUGCAUUCCCCCCACGCGGAGGGGGGCGACGUCAUUCAGCCGCGUCGCUGGGUGCGUGACCCGGACGAGCUUUGUGUGGCGUCCAUGCGACGCAGCAAAAACAUGAACAAAAUCAACACGUACGUGGCGACGUACAAGUUUGGCGACCCGCAGUGGGCCCCGUUGCUCCUGCCGCAGGUGACGUUUCGCCCGCAGCAUCACCCGGCGCAGAAGAAGGUUCACGCGGAGGCAGAGGCGGAGGCUGCCUCGGCUUCCACGCCGCCCAACACACCGCCGCCGACGUCAGGGGCCUCAUCCGCGUCGUUGCACGGCGGCAGUGGCGGAGGCAGCCGUGUCACCAUCGACCACAACAAACUUAUCACGCUGGAGUGCAUGUCACGGCAUGUCAACUUUUCCCUGCGGCACAUUGUCCAAAAGGGCCACGGUGUCUACCUCGUGCACCACGCCCAGCAUAGUCUGCUGCGGCCAAAGGGGAUUGUCGAGCGGUCCUAUGUGACGUGCGCGUUUGGCAUCCGCGGUGAGCGGCUGCGCACGGACAUUGUGCACGUCGGCCCGCUUGAUGCCAUGGACGUGCUCGACAUUGAGGAGGGACCACAUGGGCACACACGAGGCAUCUUUAACUUUCAGAAACCGGGCAUCCCACGCGGUGUAAUCGCUGUCUCACAGGUGGAGGGGUACGGCACCUGGUUUCAGCGGAAACCGAUGCUUUGGCAGCGUUCCCGUCGCAUCGGUGCCCUGCAAAGCCAACUCGGGGCCUUUACCUACGACCUCGCCCCACCGCAUGAGGUGGGCAAGCGGCGUGAGUGCGAGGUCUCCCUGCUUGCGCCGCACAUGCGCUUCUUUGGCAGUGGCGCGAGCGGGUCGGAGGCCGUGGGCGUCAUUGCCUCCUCGCAGGUGGCGCAGCAGGAUCGACUUUACCUGGGCGAGUUCGAGGCCCCCGCGAUGACGGCACUCGACGCGGUGCACCAGCUGGCGCAUGCCUCUGCCCUGCGCUGCCGUCUCGUGCGGCCGCUGCGAAGUCACUCUAACGGGGCUGGCGGCGAGCGCCAUGGAGCGGAGGCGGAGGAUGAAGCAAACUGUGAUGGCGAGGAGCUGGAGACGUUGGUGCCGCUGAGUUGGGCCACACGCACGCCGCCGCCGUACGUCCCGCUCGAGGCGGACCUACCGUUUAAGCUGCAGAUGUCUAAGCCGGCCGUGUUUGGCGGCGCGGGGCAGCCGCACGACGUGUACCCAACGGGCGCGACCGUCGGCUCCCCGUUCGUCCGCGGGGCCCCGGUGGUGCUGUUUGAGUACAACCUGCACCAGGGCGUGGACCACUACGUCUUCGACGACGCCCCGAGUGCGCGGCCAAUGAAGUGGUGGUCGCAGAAGAGCAACCUGCCGUACAGCGGGUACAUGUAUCUUGCGCGCAGCGGGGUGAUUGACCGGCUGUCGCCCGCAGAGGAGAUUCCGAACCCGCUCGAGCCAGCGGCGCGACGCAAGCCCCUGCACACGCUCGUCCCACCAACAAAGAGGGUGCAGCGCCGGCUGAGUCAGUACAGGCGGCGACUGCGGGAGGAGGCGCAGCGGGGAAAGGCGGCACGAGCAGCGGCCACGCAGUCCAACGGCACAGGCGGCAGCGGCGGGGAGUGA